AUGAGUUAAUUAAUUUCAAAAAUAUUUUUCUAAAAAACUGUGCUUGUAUUAAGAAUUCAGGGUUCAAUAAAUUCUUAAUUAGUGAGUAAAAUUUCUCAUCAGUUGGAAAAUUAUAAUAAAGGGAGUGUAAUAGCUUUAGGAUUAAUUAUAAAUUCAUAAGGAGGCUGUCCAUAUUAAGUUGAAGUGUUGAGUAAGAAAAUCAAAAGUUAUCUAAAUGGCUUGCCUCUAUAUACAUUUGCAACUGAACAAAGUUUAGGCAAUGCCUAUCAAUUGUUAUAAUUGGGGAAUAAAUCUUAUGCUUAAAAUACAUCUAAGAUUGGUUUCACACAAAUGUACAAAAAUAAACUCAAUUUCGCAGACUUUCUUUAAAAUUAUGGGAUAAAUACAUUCUAAUAUUAAUCGAGUUAAAUUGUAAAUCACAAUUUUGUUGUAAACUCAUCAAUAAGAGGCAAUAGUUAAUAAGACAUGGAUUAUUUAGAUCAAUAUUAUGGGUUGAAAACGAAGCAGGUAACAGACUAAUGCUGGACAAAUAGAAAGGAAUAAAUAAAAAUAAAUAAGGAUUAAUUAGAGAAUAAUGUAUUUUUAGGGAAAGAAGCAAAAGACCUUGGGUUAGUAGAUGAAUUAGGCACUUAUGAAAAAGUUUUAAUGUAGCAAUAUCCGAAAGCAAAGAUUAUUCCAAUCAAUACUGAAGGCAAAUUAACAGAGUAUGAGAAUUGGUUUAAUUUGUUCAUAAAAAUAUCAUAAUCAAGAGGGUUUAUGGGAUUAGUGCUAUUAUUUGGAGUUAAAGUUAUGCUGAAAUGGGGAUUGAUAAUUUAUGUGUGGAGAUAGUCUGUCAAAUAAAAGAAAUUGAAUAAGCAAUUAGAAUAACAACAACAAUGAGUCAUUCAUAUAUAUCAAAGAAAUGUUGUUAAAAUUCAUUGU